CCGAUUCAGCGCAGAACAGACAGACAGACACCAGACGAAAAAAAGAUGGCUAGUGUAAGUGAUGAAGACGUUCCCGUUCCGGAAGAAACAGGUCGUAGAAGUACCCGUUCCAAACGAGGUAAAACUCCUCAACCGGUGGCUCCAACACCGACGCGGUCAUCUCGACGGAACAAGAAACAGCCGGAACCGGAGGAAGUGCCGGAAGAGAAACCCGUCGUCGUGGAAGAGCCCGUUGUGGACUCGGACGAACCGGACACCAAACAGGUCAUGGAACAGCUGCAGGAUCUGAUUGUCCCGGUGCUGGAGGGGCAGAACAAGGCAACCGAUGAGAACAGCUCGACCAAUCUCUUCGAGGAGUUCCAAGUGGACACGAAAUCGUCUUCGGACAAAGAGGACCCCGGUGGCGCGCCGGAAGAAAGUGUCUUCAUUGCCAACUUGGCUGCGGAGGAAAAUGCUAACAGCCUUCCGUCGGUGGUUGAUGAAAACUCAGCCUCCCGGCCGGCUGCUGUCUCGUCCGCUGAUGAGGAUGUCGUACUGAGCGUGCCGGAAGAGGUCCCAGAGGCACCGGAACCCCCUUCGCUAGACGUAAACGGUGACAACGUCGACGAGGUGACCGGAAGCAGCGAUCAUGCUCUGGCCGAUAACGUUGCCAAUGGUCUCUGCGAAGAGGACGAUUCCAAGAACACCGAUCUGGAUGCGGAAAUGGUCUCGGAGGAUGAACUCCCACAGCCAGUCCAACCUCAGGUUCAUGACGCAGAGGAAGUCUCAGACGACGAACUGCCGGGACCCAAUCGGGCCGAACUGCCCCCAGACGCGGAAGUUGUGUCCGAAGACGAGCUGCCAAAAUCAGAAGUAGAGCUCCCAACCGGCACGGACAACGUUUCCGACGAAGAACUGCCAGCUCCCGAAGAGGCAGCGCUACCUGAAGAUGCCGACAACGUUUCCGAUGAGGAAUUACCAGCACCCGCAAAAGCAGAACUCCCAGAAGACGCCGACAAUGUCUCAGACGAAGAGCUCCCAGCACCCAAAAAGGCAGAAAUUCCAGCAGACGCCGAUAAUGUAUCAGACGAAGAAUUACCCGCGCCCAAGACGGCCGAGCUCCCGGUAGACGCCGACGUCGUUUCGGACGAAGAACUGCCCGCCCCAGAGCCAGCAGAACUCCCCGAAGACACCGAAAACGUUUCUGACUCAGAACUCCCCAACCCGAAGAAAGCCGAACUGCCAGCCGAUACGGAUAACGUGUCGGACGAUGAGCUGCCGGAGGCGAAAAAGGCCGAUCUACCGGCCGACACGGAUAACGUAUCCGACGAGGAGCUGCCCGAUUCGGCCAAGGAGAAGCGAAAGGCGUCCGGUGGGGCAGAGAGCGAGGAGGUUCCUAGCAAGAAAAAAGAUACUGAUAGCAAGGGAGCAAGCGAGAAAUCGUCCAAGACGGACGGUAAGGAGAAAAAGGAAUCGGCCAAGCGAAAGCUGGAAAAGGACGACGAGAAGGCGGACAAGUCCGCCGAGGCCCCGGAGAAGAAGACCAAAGUGGACGCUCCAGUCGAGCCCGAGAAGAAGAAACUGCCAGAUCUGGACAAAUACUGGAAGGCAGUCAAUGAUGAUUCCACCGAUUUCACUGCCUGGACCUAUCUCCUUCAAUAUGUUGAUCAAGAGAAUGACAUCGAAGCGGCCCGCGAGGCGUACGACGCCUUCCUGGCCCACUACCCGUACUGCUACGGCUACUGGCGCAAGUACGCCGACUACGAGAAGCGCAAGGGCAGCAAGCGCAAGUGCGAGGAGGUGUUCGAACGAGGUUUGAAGGCGAUCCCGCUGUCGGUGGAUCUUUGGAUCCACUACCUGUCGCACGUCAAGGCCAACCACGCGGAUGACGAGACGAUGAUUCGAUCGCAGUUCGAACGGGCACUGACCGCCUGCGGGUUGGAAUUCCGUUCGGACAAGCUGUGGGAGGCCAACAUCAAGUGGGAGAACGAAGGCAAACGCAUCGACCGCGUGGUGGCGCUUUACGAUCGGCUACUGGCCACGCCCACCCAGGGUUAUGCAAACCACUUUGAUCAUUUCAAAGACGUGGCCAACAACAAUCCGGUCCAUACGCUGGUCAGCAAAGAGGAGUUCCUGGAGCUGCGUGAGUACGUGCGCGAGUCCGCCAAAAAACGCAAAGAGGAAAAAGACAAGAAACGUGCCGGGUCGCACGACAAAGGCAAAGAGAAAGAAAAAGACAAACACGAUGACCACCACAAGUCAUCCAAGUCGGACUCCAAGUCCAAGGACAAAUCGGACAAACGUGACAAAAGUCAGGAACCGGAUGCGAAGGAAUCCAAAGAGGAGAAGGACAAGGUCGAACCGAUGGAAACGACGGAGGAGGUGAAGGAGAAACCUGCUGGCGAAGAGGUGAAAGAAGACGAAAAAGAGAACAAGGAACCGGCGGAGGAGGAGAAACCCGAAGAGAAAAUGGAAGUCGAACCGGAGGAGGAAAAGGAAGCAGAUGAUCACGUCAACAGUCCGGAGGAAGCCGAUGCCAUCAAGGAUAAGAUCAUUUCGCGGCGCAAAAAGAUCCACAAGGCGACCGUUGCUGCCGUUACGGCUCGAUGGACCUACGAGGAAGGCAUCAAACGGCCGUAUUUCCACGUGAAGCCACUGGAACGCUGCCAGCUGAAGAACUGGAAGGAGUAUCUGGACUUUGAGAUCGAGCAAGGCGACGAGAAACGUAUCUUGGUCCUGUUCGAGCGUUGCUUGAUUGCCUGCGCGUUAUACGACGACUUCUGGCUCAAAUUGAUCCGCUAUUUGGAUUCCCGGUCCGACGAACCGGAAGUGGUCCCUCGCAUCAGAGACGCAUACGAACGGGCUUGCACUAUUCAUCAUCCGGAUAAACCGAAUCUGCACUUGAUGUGGUCGGCUUUCGAGGAGACCCAGAACAACGUCAACAAGGCGGCCGAUAUCCUCGCCAAUCUGGACAAGGUCAAUCCGAAUCUGAUUCAGGUAGCCUACCGGCGGAUAAAUUUGGAGCGCCGUCGGGGCGAUUUGGAAAAGUGCGCACAGCUGUACCAGACCUACCUGACGACGGCGAAGAACAAGAGCAUCGCCGGCAGCAUCGUCAUCAAGUACGCCCGGUUCCUCAACAAGGUCAAGAAGGAUCACGAUCAGGCCCAUGUGGUGCUGAAGAACUACCUGGAGAAGGAUCCCUGCAAUACGCGGGUGGCCCUGCAGUUGAUCGAUCUGUCGCUACAGAGGGAAACCGUCGACGAGAAGGAGGUGGUGGAGAUCAUGGAUCGUUUCAUGGCCCGCGAUGGGCUGGAACUGGAACAGAAGGUGUUGUUUGCUCAGCGGAAGGUGGAAUUCCUGGAAGACUUUGGCAGCACGGCCAAGGGGCUGCAGGAAGCGCAGAAGGAACUGCAGGUGAUCAUGGCGAAGGCGAGCGAGACCAAGAAGAAGAGAGAACAAUCACCACCGAAGAAACCAUCGAAGGAAAGUUCCUCGAGCAGUGCCGCCCUCACGGCGGCCACUUCGGCUAGCUACGCUUCCGCCAGCAGUGGUUACGGCGGUUACAGUGCCAGCGCCAAUCCGUCGUACUAUGGGGCCGCCUCGAGCCAGUACCCGUACGGGGAUAGCGCGUCGUCGUACGGCUACAGCACCUGGAAUCAACAAUAUUCGCAGUCCGGCUACGGUGGGUACAGUCAGUGGAGCGGUUACGGAGGUUACUACUAGAGGAGGCGAAGCAGGAGAUUCAGGGAAUUCCGCUAGGGUUUUACACACUUAUAAACUAUAUGACUUUUUUGUUUUAUAGUGUAGCAGGUUAGGAUCGAUUAGCACACCUUUCUUUUUGUAUACCUGGUAAUCUUACUUGGACGACGGUUCAUGGCACACUAUGGUGAUGUGCCAGAGGAGGCUGUACAAUGUUCAUUUCUCCCCAAACACAGAUUAUAUAAUGCAUAUUAACAGAAAAGACGAUAGAUUUUGCGCGAUUUUUUGGUGACAGCACCGAAAUUGAGUGGAGUUCUGCUUUCAAGCACACGCAAAUGCGCAGAAAUAAAACAACGGUUUUAGUUCUUUUGAAAUUUACAAUUUUUGUUCCACAUAUUUCUCAGAUACAUGCGAUAUGCAUACACAAACUGGAUCUUCAAAGAUGGAAAUAAAGCUAACGGUUAUAUCGUGAAUAGA